CUGCGGCUGCGCAGUGCGGCCUGUGAGCGGAGAGGGAGCAGCGCGCGCGGAGUGAUGGCGGACUUCCUGUCAGACCCCUCCGUGCUCACUAAAGAGAAGCUGAAGCGCGCGCUGAUGGCGAACAACGUGGCGCUGCCGAACGGCGAGCAGCGGAAAGGCGUGUACGUGGAGCUUUACCUCAGAAACCUCACCGCGCAGAACAAGAGCAGCGGAUCCGCGGACGCCUUCUCCAGCGAUGAAGAGCCGCCAGCCGCCGCCAGCGCGACCCGCUCCGGCCGGAAAGCCACCAGGAAAACAGACCGGGUUCGUCCUGAGGAGAUCGACGUGACCGACCUGACCAGUGAGGAGCUGAAGGACCAGCUGCUGAAGUACGGAGUCAACGCUGGACCCAUCGUAGCAUCCACCCGUAAAGUGUAUGAGAAGAAGCUGCAGAGGUUAUUGGACCAGGGUCCUCCUCAGACCACCGUCAUCGAGCCGGUUCCGACCCACAACAGCCGUAACGGGAGUGCUGACUCGGAUCAGUACAGCGAUAAAGAGGAAGAAACAGCAGCAGCACAACCGGAACCAGAACCAGAGCCUGUUCCCAUGGUGGAGAGACCGCUGAGGAGCCGAGGAAAAACUCCAGUGACCACCAGAACUCGAAGCAGCCAGCACAAGGUUUCAGCACCUGAGAUGUUUCCAGUUGUUCAGGAGAGGAGCAGGUUCUCGGCGAUGAUUAAAGAUCCGAAGCUGCCGAUGUUUCCCUCGGACGAGUCGUCCUCGCUCACCGGGUCUCCUGAUCGCCGUACGGUUUGGGUCCAGGCUGCGCUGGAUGAUUACGGCGAAGGCUUUUCCACUGACGAGCUUGGUGAAGGUGCUGCUGCUUUGUCUAAAGCGUCCGUUGAGGAAGUGCAGCUUUCCCUCCUCGAUACUGCUCUCCUCGAGGUUGAUCCACAUGAGGUUCUGAGCGCUGGACCUGAUCAUGUGGUAGGUACUGAGAUUCUCAGACACAGGCUAAUGGGUUUGGGGAAGUUUCUUGAUGUAUUUUGGGUCAUGCUUGUGCUGAAGGGUUUCUCCCAGGAACUUAACUCGGCCUCGACGUUCAUGCGCACAAAACAGUCCAGUUCACGGUUUCCAGUUUCAGCUCCACCCUCCCGAGACCUGAUCCACACGACACGCCGCCUUUCACCUUCUGGGGUUCAUCAAGGCGGAGAUUCCCCCCGUUCUUUCUCUCGAAUGGAUCCUUCCCAUCGUCCAACUCGUGAUCUUCCCGUCGUAAAGAGCUCACCUGAUGUAAAGGAGCGAUCAGGUGGUUCUUCUGCAGCAGUACAGAGCCGACUCGAUGAGUUCUUCUGCCCCGUUACUCCGGUUCGGUGGCGGGAUGAAAGCCUCCGAGAUCAGAAACCAGGAGGACCGAUUGAGAAGUUAUCAGCUGUUGAGCAGACCCCAAAACCAGCAGAGAGAGACGUGCUGAAGGAGAUGUUCCCUCACGAGGUCCUCAGCACUCCCACAGGAAUCAGCGCCACUCGCCGGCAGCCGAUUAAAGGAGCGGCGGGCCGGCCCUUCAGCGACACCUGGCAGGACAGCCUGCGUCCACGCCUCACCGAGCACAGAUACACCAGUUCGUCCUACACAGAGACCCGAUCCGUCCCCCGAGUCAGCGUCGUCCCCCGAGUCAGCGCCGUCCCCCUACCUGCCCCCAGACUUGCAGCGCCCCCGAGUGUCCAGGCCAAACCGAGGCGCCGAGUGCCCGUUUGGGUGCAGCUGUUACUCCUCGCUGCUGUCACUGGCUUCCUGCUGUUCAUCUAUCAGGCCAUGGAGAGCAACCAGACGAGUCCGUUUGGGCAACUGGGCCGCACCGCUGAGGUAGAAAACAACGCCAGAAAAUGAACGCCGUCCCUUUAACGUACCGUCAGACCCCCGGCGUUUACAGACAUCUCUUUUCCCUUUACACUCGCCCGGUCCAGAGAACCAUCUGGAACCAAACGAGAUUGCGAGAACCCGUUUGCGUUUGUUUUCUGAUCAGUUUUCGAGGGGCGUGGUUUGGUGCUAGGUUUGUGAAUGAAAGCUAGAAUCGAAGACAAGCCAAAGGAGUAAUGUGUCUGUGUGUUUUUAUGUUUUGUGAAUAUAAUAUCUCGGGAAAUAAAGUGUAAUUAAUCUGAUGUCUGGGUUUAAUGAGUCACAAGACGGCCUUAAAUUGAACUCGGGAUGCAUCGAGGCACUUUUUAAAAUCAACUCCCUCACGUAAUACAGAACGAGCCGAGUCGUGCAGGAGCGUGGGCGUGGUUUAUGACCGCUGUUUAAACCAGCAAAAGGUAAACGGAGCUGAAUAAAACGUCCCAUUGGGCUCCUGACUGUUUAAUACAAACUCAUUUUGGUAUCAUUGAGUACCAAAAAAAUUACUUGUUCUAUAAAAAAAAAAAAUUCUCAGCACCGAUGCGUCCCUAAACCGAACCAGAACCCGUCUCCUUACUAACUCAUUUCAUAUGUUAUCAUGUCUUUUUAUUCUUAUUAUAAUAAAUAUUUGUCUGUAAAUUGUUUGCCAUGUUGCAAGACAUACUCACUGGCCACUUUAUUAGGAACAUGUGUGCAUUCAUGUAAUCAGCCAAUCACGUUGCAGAUGCACAUCAGCCUCAGCUUCCUGUUCUCGGUUGAUGGGAGCGGAACCCGAGCUGCUCUCGUAGCUCGUCCACGUCCCGUUGAGAUGCUUUUCUGCUCAGCACAGUUGUAGAGUGGUUACACGAGUUACUGUAGCCUCGCUGUUCGCGCGAGUUCGUCUCGUUCUCUCCUGACCUCUCAGUGUAAACUCUACAGAUGUGAGGAAAUCCCAGGAUGUUUUAUAACGGACAUGGUUUUGCUCAGCGUGCUGCCGACACCUGAUUGGCUGAUUAGGUGUUCCUAAUAAAGUGGACAGUGAGUUUAUAUCGUGACUCACUCGAUUAUAUGCAACAUUUGUACGUGUUUUCAUUUGAAAUGGCGCAAAAAAAAAAGUCAACAGCACACACAUCCAAAUUGUUUUAAGGAAAUUGGCCCUGCUGCUGAUUUUAUAAGCAGUGUGCUGACUUAUUUACUACAUCUUUUAAAAAUGCUUUUUUUUAAUAUUAAACUGAGUAUAUUAGAUGAAUUAUUGGAUUGUAAACCACCAGACAUGAUGAAGUCUCUGCGCUUCAUGUAACCGUUAUACUUUCCUUACGUAUCGUAUCUAUUUACAGUUACUCCUCCAUGGUAUUUAUUGAUGUUUGUUUAUUCGGGAGAUCAGAGUGUGAAUUUCGACUGAGAUGGAGAUCAGGGCUUUGAAUUAAACUGGGGAUUUUUUUAUACUGUAGACGGCAUCAUGUGAUUUGUAGAAAUGGAAAUAAAAGUUAACUUCAUAUCAAA